AUGUGGAGUGAAGCUUCACUGAUUCCUAAUAAUCUUUGUUUACCGUUUUUCCAGGAGCUGGAGAAGAGCGUUGAUGCAGGAUUUCCCAAACCCCGGUCCAGGAACGCAGCGGUGGACAGAAGACUGAGACGGACACAAGACCGAUCGAGAACUCAGCCGGUGACCACAGAGGAAGUGGUCAUAGCCGCUACCCUGCAGGCAUCCCUGCAGCAGAGCUCCGCCACCCGCCAGCCGGCGCAGGGUUCUCUGGAGGUCCGGGGCUCUAAGCAGACACCGACGGAGGCCAAAGUGGAGAUGCAGAAUCAGGCCCACGAAGAGCCUGAUGUUUGCACCCUCAGCCUGGCAGAAAAGAUGGCGCUGUUCAAUCGACUGGCGCAGCCACCCAGCAGGGUCACCCGCAUCCGAGGCGACACCCGUCAGCGCAGAUCCAACGCUCGCUACCAGACCCAGCCCAUCACCCUGGGCGAUAUGGAGCAGGUGGGGGGGAUCUCUAAUUCUUCUAACUAAACAUAUUUAAGCCGU